GACAAACUUGGUGAAUAAGGUACCUUCCAUCAGUUGCUGUUGUGACAGACACUGAGUGCUGCCUGACAACCUAUCCAUUGCCCUCAGUGGGAAAUCGGGGUCCUCGAGGUCUGUGGAUACCUAAGCCCCGGAGCCUCUUGAUAUUGACAUGGCUGACCCACAGGACAACACUCUGAGGAUUGUUCUGGUUGGAAAAACCGGAAAUGGGAAGAGUGCAACAGGAAACACCAUCCUUGGGAGAAAAGAAUUUGAGUCUAGAAUUGCUCCCCACGCUAUUAUCAAAUAUUGUAAAAAAGCAUCCCGAGAAUGGAAGGGGAGGAAUCUUCUCAUUGUUGACACCCCGGGGCUCUUUGACACCAAAGAGACCCUGGAAACCACCUGCACGGAAAUCAGCCGGUGUGUCCUCUACUCCUGUCCUGGGCCCCACGCCAUCGUCAUGGUUCUGCAGGUGGGCCGCUACACGGAUGAAGAGCAGAAGACCGUGGCAUUGAUCAAGGCUGUCUUUGGGAAGGCAGCCAUGAAGCACAUGAUUGUUUUGUUCACUCGCAAAGAUAACUUGGAGGGUCAGAGCCUAGAUGACUAUAUAGCAGAGGCAGAUGUCAAUCUUAGGAGUGUCAUCAGGGAAUGUGGGAACCGCUGCUGUGCCUUCAACAACAGAGGCACAGAAGCUGAGAAGGAAGCUCAAGUGGAGGAGCUGGUGGGGCUGAUAGAGCAGAUGGUGUGGAGAAAUGGCGGGGCUUACUUUUCUGAUGACAUUUACAAGCACACAGAGGAAAGGCUGAAACAAAAGGCAGAAGUCCUGAAGAAAACCUACACUGAUCAAUUACAUAAGAAUAUUAUGCUAGUAGAAAAGGAAUAUGCUCAUAAAUUACAGCAAGAAGUAGAGGAAAAAACAAAAGCACUGAAGAUGCAAUAUGAUGAUAAAAUAAAAAAUCUUAGGGAAGAAGCUGAGAGGGGUAUAUUUGCAGAGGUUUUUAAUGGGAUUAGGAGGUUUCUUUCAAGCAUAUGGCAUAUGUUUUGGUAGUCAUGUCAAUUUCACUUUUGCUUCUGAAUUUACUAUGUUAUGUAAUAAUGAUAGACUGUAGUUUCCAAGGAUGGCUGUGACAAUACAGUCAAUCCUACUUAUUCUUCUUAUAAUCUGACUUUGUUACUUCCCCCACUGAGUUGUGGGGUCUAUGUCCCCUGCCUUGGAAUUGAUGGACUUUGUGACUGUUUCGCUAAAUAGCAGAUGGCUGAAGCAACCCCUUGGGACUCUAAGUCGAGACAUGGAAAAUGCGCCCUGCCCUGCUGAGGUGCUCGCCCUUGGAACUGGGUCAACACGUUGUGAGAGAGGCCAUGUCGCCCAUUGGGAGGCCCCCAGCUUGACGUCACUGGCCGACUCUCCUUUUAUCUUCUGUUGUCUUUUAUCUCCCAGCUGGAUCAACUUGCCAGCCAUGCAAGCAAGGUGACAUGGAAGCAGGCUCUCCACCUGCCAGCGUGCGUCGGACAGAGUUGCAAAGAGCAAUGAUGCGCAAUCCCCACUGAGUCCUGCCCAUAUUGCAGAUUGAUGAGAAAAAAAAAUAAAUGAUGGUUGUUUAAAGCCA